AUGACACACCCUGACCAAGACGAAAUGAAUGCUGAUACUUUGUCUCCAACCUCUGGACCACCAACUAUCGCGGAGAUGACCUUGGCUACUUUACGGCUCGUACCAUGCACACAAGAAGGAGUAGGUUCCCAAGAUUUUGAAUCACGUUUUGCCUACGAGGCGGAAAAGCUCGGGGUGCCCUUAACGGAUAUACAUGCUUGGCUGAAUAGGCAUGAUGUACCCUCUGUUGAGAUUGCUCUCAAUCAAGAAGGAUCAAAAUUACCUGAUUACUCCCUGUUUAAUUUGUUUGCUACAAGGACAGGAGAUGAUCGACUUGAUAAAGCUGCUAUUCAGGGUCUCUUGAAUCAUGGUGCAUAUCUCAACAGUCUUAGAUCACAGGAGCCCCAUACAAGGACUGAUAGCAACACUGGAGCCGGAUUGACUUUGACGGACAUGGACAACAUUCAUGCCUCGGGAAAUGAUAUCUGGUCAGGAAGGUCGAAUAGGGAAACUCUGUACGUGCUUCUCUCUCACCUCGAUUUCUAUGCCAAUUGUAUCAGGUAA